AUGAAAAGCCUCCCUCCUACGCCCUCCCUUGACUCAGAUGGUCCGCAUACAACCUUCGACGACCAAAGGGCGACUCUCAAGCCCACAAAACAUCAUGAUCGCGUUUCAGAAGUGCCAACCGUUGCUGAACCUCCGGCAUUGGCAAUAGGAGAGCGCGAAAGACCAAAGGAUCCUGAAACAGAGGAUUUGGGGUGGAGUGAAAAUCCAAAAGUGCCCAUCCCAGUGGUCAAUGGAUUGAACAACGAACACCUGUGGAUUCUGGUUCGCAGGUUCAACAAGCAAGUGUUUCAUUUCAGGCGCAUCACAAAUCUCCCCCCUGGCGUCUUAGAUUGCAAUUCUGCCACUACCAAUGAUUCUUACUCUCCCGACAAGCUACGUAGUGCUCUAGAGCGGUUUUACCUUACCAUCGUUGUGGGUGUCGCUUCCGCCCUGAAGCACAUCGCUCGUAUUAGGUCUUGGACUGAAGCAAGUCGUACUGCUUGGUUUUGUGCAGCGUACUUCUUGGCAUGGUACAAGGAUGUACUCACUCCAACCAUUUUGACUUUGCUCUUGACCCUCGUAAUGGUUCCCUCUUCUCGGACAGUUCUUUUUCCCCCGGCACCCUUGGCUGCAAUUGACACAUUGACUGGAGGUGUGAAGAAGCCUCUGGCAGGUCAACUAGGAAGCAAGGAUAGCAUAACGGGUGCCCAGGAACAAUUCCGUGGAGAGACGGCUGAAAAAGAGGCUGAUCACUUUGUGACGGGUCUCUCUACUAUUGCUGUCAGUGUUGCAGUGGGCAAGGAGGGACAAGGAGCGGGUUCUUCGUCUCCAGCAGAGGAAACAAACUCUACAGGAGAGAUUGUGGAUGCCAAAGUUCCAAAUAUUGUAGACAUUGAAGGUGCCGUGGAUGCUCAGCGAGCAGCAUCGACCGCAGAUAAACCGAUGAAAGACGACACAGGCUCAAAGCAAGCUGCGACAUCAGUUCAACAAACAAUGUGGGACAAUUUGGGUACCCUCAUGAGUGCCCUAAUCAUGAUCAUGGAUAUAUGGGAAAUGACUGGCAAUGCACUGACUUCGUCGCCGCCAUUUAAAUCCUUACCCAUGCGCUUUCGAAUUGCUUCUCCAAUCGCACUUUUGACUGUCGUAUCCCUUGUCCUUCCCGAGUUUUGGGUAUACAAGGGAAUCACACUUGGAUUUGGUUUAGCAUUCUUCGGCCAACCAAUUUUCGACAAAUUAGCUCAGAAACACGUUCUUAAGUAUUUAGACCACUGGAUACCGAUGUGGCGUCAGUACUUGGAUAUUCGAAAUACGAUUCUAUUGGGGGUGCCGACCGACAAUCAACUGACGCUCACACUCCUCCGGCUUGGAGAAACGAACAAAUCUCCUUUGCCACCACCUCCUAUCAUUGUUGGACUAGACAAGGGUGCAUCAUCUCCGCCUCCUACUGUUCAUCCUGAUGAUCUACCUCCGGAAUACUCGGAACAAGUGCAGGAGGUGCACGCCGCUUCGGAGACAUCUACAGACGCGCUUGAGGACGAAGAUUCUCCCAAGACUACACGCAAGUCCAAAGGGUCCAAGCUGCUUGGCCUCGUCAAAGGGACUACAAAAGUUGGCGUCGAUGGUGUACUUGGAAUAGAGAAAGCCAAGGCCGUUGUAGGAUCCAAAGAGGCCAAAUCUAAGACUGGUAUCGUUCAACCAGUCGAGGUUGUGGAGAAAGUACAGAGAGAGGAUGGACCGAGCGUGUUCCGUGGCAAAUGGAAGGGGACUCAAGGCGUGCUGACAGUGAGCACCACUGCAACACAGCCGUUGGUGGCGUUCUCGAAAGUAGGGCUGAAGAAGGAUGUGGAUUCCCCUGCCGAGACGGCGGUAUGGAGUUUAUUGAUCAACGAUAUUUUGGAGGUUAGGAAAGUGGGUGGUUUCGGAUGGAAGGGAAAAAUGAUUGUAGGUUGGUCAACUGGGGACCGAGUGAUCGAUGGAUUGGAAAUCAUUGACGUGAAUGGCAAUGUGUAUUAUAUCACAGCGUUGCCGAGGCGCGAUGAGUUAUUCAACCGGCUUGUAGCAAUUGGGAACCAGCGUUGGGAAAGCUGCUAG